GUUUUACUGAAUGAUGAAGCCGUGGAUUCUAUAGUAGAGACGGAAAUGUUUUCAAAUGCUUUGGUUUAGCCAGCAACUUUCAAAAGCAGGCGAAGAUACUGUGGAGGACACUACCAAACAAAAUUCUUUUGAUGAAAUUGCUGAAGUUGAGCUUACAGCAAAAGAACUGGAUUUGACUGUCAGCGCAGCUCAUAGUGUUGGAGGAGAGCGUACGAAAACAUCUUGUCAAGUUCCUGGAAAGGAAAUUAGUCUGCAUAAUGAUGAGGAAAUGAACUGGCAGCAGAAAGGUAAAGAAUACAAGACAGCUGGAAAUAGUAUGCUUGAAAUGGAUUAUGAAGCGUGUGCAACUGAAGAGGUUGAGCUUCUUGGAGUUGCAUGUUCCGGGCUUACAGGAUAUAACCCUGGCAGUGGUGUAAAGCAAAACCAAGUGAAUGAUACUAGCGUAACUUCAAUGCAAUCACCUGUAGUAAAUGUCGGAGUCAGCUGUCAGCUAGUGGAGAAUGGAGAUACGCCAUUUGAAAAGUGCUCACCUCUUUGGGAAAAAAUUGAUUCUCAAGAAGUUUUCCGAGCUAUGCCACAAAGGCCACAUUUUCGAACUCUUAUGAGAUAUAAAAAGUUAAACAGAGAAGGAUUGGCUCUUGGUAACAUGAUAAACUUUGCCUCUUUGGUAGAAAAGACGUGUAAGUUGCAAGUUGAUGAUCCAAGAGACGUCAUGAACAGCUAUUUGGAUGCUCUUUCCGAGUUGGAAAUCCAUGGUUUUGAUGUGAAGCCAGUAGCAAAGCGUCUUAAUGAGCUAGUGUUGAUGAAAGAUAGACAAGAAGAGCUUCAAAAUCGGUUGAAAGAAAACGAGACGGAAUUUACAAAGGUGAAUAGUGAAAAGACAAACACUGAGAAAGAGAUUGAUGCUCUAGAUGAGGAGAUAAGAAUGUUGAAAGAGAGACAAGCAAUGAACAAGUCAAUGAAGGUUUGCAAUGAUUCUAAGAUUGCCUCCUUGGAUUUGGAUGACAGUGUUCUUUCUGAACAUAUUUCUAAAGCACAACAGGAAUUUGAAAGUCUAGCUACCUCUUCUUGGUAACACUUAUAAGCUCUUGUAGUUGGUACUGAAAUGAACCAUCUUCAGGUUUUCUAAGUUGAUUUUGCUACUGUAACAUGCAGUGAAUUGUCCUUUCAGAUCAGAGGCAUAACCAACAAAAUGGUGUCGUUUUUUGAUAUUUGCAUGUUGCAAUUGAUGGUCCUAGGAUUGUUUGUUGGACAUAUUGACCUAAGUGGUGUCUUUUUGGAACAGUAGGAUACUAUUAUGUGGAUAUUCUACUAGUUUGGAUUUUGGCUGAUUAUGUGCAAAUUAGGACCGUUUACUUCAA